CACCACUUCCAACUCCAUCCAGAUCGAGUGUCGUGUGUAGUGAGUGCCGAGUAAGUGGAUUGGUGCUCAGCCGCGGGAGUCCGACGCACCAGGAUGGUGGUGAAUAUGAUCAUCUUUGUGUGAAUGAAGUGUGCCUGGCUAAGGGCCCAGAUGGAGCGGCUAGAUCUUGGGAAGAAGUGGUGUGUUCUGGCAUGGAUGUAUGUCCCCGCCGCUCUUGGCCAGCCCUCCGCCGGACCCACGGACCUCGAAUCAAUAGACAAACGUCCAAGGCGAGAAGAGGGAGUCUAGGGGAUAUCGUAGGAGGAAGGUACCAAGAAGGUACCAAGGGGCCCCUCCAUCUCCACCUGGACACAGAGUGCUCAAUGCUCAUGAAGGUGUAGAAAUGUUUUUCAAAGACAAAGCCCCACACAUUGUCAUGGCUAACCAGUAGUAUGGAAGUGUGUGAGUGAAUGGUAAUUGAGUACAACCUGUUUGAGGAGUUGAUCAACUACCCUCCCUCCGUGUCCACUUUCCACUUUGAGGGAGAUGUGUCUUCCCAAGGGCCGAGCAGGAGCUCAGCGUGAGUCUCGGUCCCAUUGUAGGUAGUGCAGUGAAAUCCCUGCCUCCAGGUGGGCAGUUUGAAAGGCCGGCGACAUGUUCCGGUUCUUUAGUCGAGAGAAGACUCCGGUCCCACCCCCUGUCUCCUCCUCUGUUGGACCUUCAGAGGGGUCAUUAAGUCAAGAUGAAACUGGCGAGCCUUCGAUUGGGGAUUCCGGGCCCCUGAGUGCCCCGCCUACUCUCCCCGAGCACUCAUCCCACGCCGCUGGACUGCAACAUGGGGGCGUUAUCCUGCCCCCCACCAGUCACCCAUCUUCGGUGGGCACUUCCACCACCGGGGCCGAUGAUGAGCGUGAAGAUGAUGACGACGACGACGACGACGAUGACGAUGACCAAGAUCCCACAGGGCAAGAAGACAAUGAUGAUAAACAAAAUGAGGAGGAAGAGGAGGAGGAUCUAGAUGCUGAGUUGGUGUUCUUUAGUCAAAAGGCGCAAAUCAUGACCACUCCGCACCCCAACACACCCAUUGCUGGCACCCCUCAACCCGUGGGUGCCUCGGAUGCGUUAUCGCGUCCAACUCAGUUCCACGUGCGACCGCCCGUCCUUAAUCAUCCGUACUCUGUCACGCCCCCACCCCGCCUCCCGAGUCAUUCCAGUGCGGUGGCCUACCGAGCCCUAACGGGCUCACCUCAGCCGCAAUCCUUGCAGUUGCCUCACCCGCCUUAUUUCAACGACGAGAAGGGUGCGGCCAGUGCCGGUGGCACACCCACCAGUAGCGGUAGUAAUACUAGUAGCGCAAUUAGCCGCAGCAUUUCUGAUUCGACGUUGCGGCGAGCGGCUCUGCAUUUGAAUCUCAACAACCACCAACAAUCAGUAUUGCCCUCAUUCACAUCUCUCCAGCAGUUUAAGAAAGAGCUCUCGCUGUCCUCCCGCCGAACGUCCUCGAGCGGGAUUGCCCCUCGUGGUCAUCGCAAGUCCAUGAUCGUCCAGACUUCGCCCAUCUUGCCCCGAUGUCAUUCACCCAGCACGAAUCUGGUCUCGCCAUUGGACUCGCCCAAGGUGUCGCCCAAUCAGUUUGCCUUGGCCAAUGUGAAGAAGGUGGAUGGACGGCGUUGGUCCUUGGCCAGCUUACCUUCGUCGGGUUACGGAACCACGCCCGGGAGUUCCAAUGUGUCGUCUCAAUGCUCUUCCCAGGAGCGUCUUCAUCAACUUGGAGCAGCCGGAGCAGUGGUCACCACCACUGCCCAUCAUACCCAUCAUCACGGACAUCACCACGGUCAUCAUGGGCACCAUCUUCAUCAUCACUUGCAUCAUGGCACCCCUGGGAACUCGUCGUCGUCGUCGUCGUCCAUGACGACCACGGCCGCCGCCACCACCGCUAACACUCCGUCGACCCUCACGUCCAAUCCGAGUAGUUCCAUAUUGGACGAACUCCGGCACAACCAGCAUCAGCGGCAUUUCUCUUCGAACGAUUCGAAUCCUAGUCUGAUUGGCGUGGACGAAGGGAGCAUCGGGUCCCAUGGGAGUCGUUCACCGGCUCACUCCACAACCAUGCGCCCGCGGAGCCGCUCUUUGUCCAGUCCGAUCCGCACGCCCGUGAUUGAUAAUGAGAUUGUGCUAAUGAACACGCUGUACAAGGAGCGAUUUCCCAAGGCCACCAAGCAAAUGGAAGAGCGUCUACAGAACUUCAUCGACAAUAACGAGACUAUUCCGACCGAGAGCGAGAUCGCCUCGGAUUCGGUGGCCAUAGUCCGCUUUGUGCAUCACCAAGUGUUGGAAAUGGCUCGAGAUUGCCUACAGAAAUCCCAAGACAAGCUCAUCACUAGUCGAUACUUCUACGAGAUGUCGGAGAACCUCGAAAAGUUGCUCAUUCAGACCCGAGAGAAAUCUCCCGAAGCCGCCAGUCAUCUCACUGCCUUGAUCAAGAAACUCUUGCUGAUUGUGAGUCGACCCGCUCGGCUCUUGGAGUGCCUGGAAUUCGAUCCUGAAGAGUUCUAUCAGCUCUUAGAAGCCGCCGAGGGCCAAGCCCGUGGCCUUCAUGGAGUGCACGCCAAUGUGCCCCAGUACAUUAUCGGCAAGCUGGGCUUGAACCGGGAUCCCUUGGCUGAACUCAAUCAGGACAUGUCCUCCUUGGAACCGGAUUAUGUCCCACCCCAACCUAUGAUUCAAGUACACGAAGAAAAGCAAGAACAACAACAACAGCAACAACAACAGCAACCACAACAUCAGGAAACCUCAGGCCAGUCUCUGACUCAUCCGUCGAAAAACAUUCACCCACCCCAACAUAGCUCAACUCCCAAGCGCAAAACCGGCAUCGCCAUGGCUUCUUGCUCGGGUCAAACCUCCGAGGCGAGCUCGGAAGAUGGAGGUGCCUCUUCAUCCGGACCACCCCCUUCGUCUGACAAGAAAGAGCCCUCGGAAGAUGAUUUCGAUAUCGUGAAAUUGAUUUCCAACGGGGCCUAUGGCGCUGUGUACUUAGUCAAGCACAAAGAGAACCGCCAACGGUUCGCCUUGAAGAAGAUCAACAAGCAGAAUCUGAUUCUCCGCAAUCAGGUGGAACAAGUGUUCGCCGAGCGAGAUAUUCUCUCCUUUGCCGACAAUCCCUUUGUGGUGUCCAUGUACUGCUCGUUUGAGACGAAAAAGCAUCUCUGUAUGGUCAUGGAGUAUGUGGAAGGCGGGGAUGCCGCCACUCUCCUCAAGAGUAUGGGCCCAUUCCCUCCAGACAUGGCGCGAUUCUAUUUUGCUGAGACCGUUUUGGCCGUCGAGUACCUGCACUCCUUCGGCAUUGUUCACCGUGAUUUAAAACCCGACAAUCUCUUGAUCACCUCUUUGGGCCACAUCAAGCUCACUGACUUUGGCCUUUCCAAGAUGGGUCUGAUGUCCUUGGCCACCAAUCUCUAUGAAGGAUACAUCGACAAGGAGACGAAGCAGUUCUCGGACAAACAAGUGUUCGGCACGCCCGAGUACAUUGCGCCCGAGGUGAUACUUCGACAAGGCUACGGCAAGCCAGUGGAUUGGUGGGCAAUGGGCAUCAUUUUGUACGAAUUUCUCAUUGGCUGUGUGCCCUUUUUCGGGGAAACACCCGAGGAACUGUUUGCUCACACAGUGAAUGAUGACAUUGAGUGGCCUGAGGAAGAAGAUUGGCCGGUGCCUACCGAAGCUAAAGAUAUCAUCUCGGCCUUGUUGCAUCAAAACCCUUUGGAUCGAUUGGGAACGGCUGGAGCAUAUGAGGUGAAGGAACACUUUUAUUUUAUGGGAGUGGACUGGAAUUCGAUGUUAAGACUGAAGGCGGAUUUCAUCCCUCAAUUGGAGGACGAAGAGGAUACGAGCUAUUUUGAUAUGCGAUCCGAACGCUACAAUCACGAGAUCGAAGAGGAGGAAGAAGAAGCCGCUGAAACGCGCUCCUCGGCCGAAGACACGGACGACACGAGCUCCAUGUUUGCAUCUUUCACUUCGGCCUCGCCCCGAUAUCGCAAAGUUACCACUGGCAGCAAUCAUAGCAUCAUAGAGCAUCGCCAUUCAAUGUCCAUUUGCGAGACCUCGAGUCACAGUAGCGAUCAAUCCGAUGGCAAGGUCUCUUUGUCACCCGAACUCCGGCGUAACAACAGUGAGGGCAAGAAGAGCACCAAAGCCGAGAUUUUGGCUCGCAAGGAGAAUCAUCUGUCGUGUCCAGAUCUGGAGAAUAUGGUGGCCCAUGCUGUAAGUGGUGGAGGUCAUCAUAGUAGCAGUAAUACGAGCAUUGCCAGUGGGAUGACGCACAACGUGAGCAGCAACUCGCCUCUGGUGAUCCCCAAUCGGGCUUUGGAGCCGAACAAGAGUGGCCCUUUCUCCCUACAAGCUAGUGUGUCCACGCCCGAGUCCAGUCAGAACGAAAGCGAAGAUAUUUCGCCCCUGCUGCAAAGGAGACGCAAGUUACAUUCGGCCAAGGACGCCAAUCUCUUGCCCAGGUUCUCGUUCUCGUCAGUGGAUCAGCCUCCUCAUUUGGAAGUUCGGGGCUUGAGCAUGAUGAAUCGCAGUCUUGAAUCCACGUUGUCAGGGCCCCGGAGUCUCCCUGUGACUCCCAAGUUGUCCAUAGAGCCCCAAACGCCCAGCCCUUUAGUCUUGAACUCGUCGAAGGGCCAUCCCUCACCCACCCCAAACACAGGGGCGAUGCCCAAACAGUCUUCGCGACCUAUAGUGAAAUCCUCCUCGGCCACGGGGCUGUCUUUAAUGAUUCCUAGUGAGGAAUGUCUGGCGAACCUACCGAUUCAAUCACCGGGAGGAUCCAGCACGGCCUCCUCAAGAGAUGGCUCGCCUUGCCGUGAUUUCUCGCCACUGAUCAACUCGCUGAAUGCUCCCAUCAUUGUUCGCAGAGGGCCAAGAGGGUUUGGAUUCACCAUUCGAGCCAUCCGCGUGUAUUUUGGGGACACUGACUUCUACACCGUGCAUCAUUUGGUCAUGGAAGUUGACAAGGGCUCACCGGCGUUCGAUGCCGGACUCCGACCCGGUGACUUAGUCACUCAUAUUAAUGGAGAACCAGUUCAAGGGCUUUUCCACACCCAGGUGCUUCAAAUCCUACUCUCUGGAGGUGAGGCUGUGACCCUCAGAGCCACAGCACUCGAAACCACGUCCAUUAAGACGGGCGGUCGGCGGCGGGACCCGCAAGCCAUCAAAAUGGCUCGACGGGCAGUUGCCAAGCACCGUUCCAAAUCUCGCAGAGAUGACAAGAAACGGAAAACGUCCCUUUUCCGAAAGUUGAGCUCGAAGAAGGCCACAGCCGAGAUGCAGCAACUCGCCGCCUCUGGUGGGCACUCACUGUCGGCUAGUCAGAGCUUGCAAUCUCUGAGGGAAUCUCCGUUCAUCAGUGGCACAGCCAUCAAACCCAUCUCGACAUCGCCGAUUCCUGGCGGGGGUUGCCAAGCCUCAGACUCGGCUUUGUCAGAUUCAUGUUCAUCCAGUCCGGCCGACUCGGCCCCGUGCUCGCCUGCCUCUCUGGGCACAGGAUCGACUAACAAUCCGUCUUCGCUCUCGCAAUCAGCUCGUCCCUCCUCGUUACACGGUCUCAAGCACAAACUUCACGUCAAGACGAAAAGUUUACACUCGCCUUCCCGACGCAAAUCUGUGGGGCACAUCCCCCUCUCUCCAUUGGCCCGAACCCCCUCCCCAAGCCCGGUCCCUGUUUCUCCCACCCGAUCCCCGUCGCCUCUUGCACUGCCACUUCAGGCUCACCACGCGGCGGGCUCGUCCAACACCACCCAAACCUACAGCCCUGGUUCAAUCAACCUAACGCCGGGCUCUGCCAAGAAGUCUUUCAAUCGGCCUAAGUCAGCUGAACCGGGGUCACCACUUCUGCGACGAGCACUUUCACCGGAUCGAAUCCACCCCAGAUCGGAUGGCAAGAAAUCGAUUUCACCCCUUUGCAAUCCGCAGUGCAUGGUCGUGGUCUCCACCUCGCCCAAGUUGACCAUUUCAACCCAAUCCUUGACGAGCACCCGAACGGGUGAGUUGUCGCCGCUCCCUUCUCGAGCACUUCAUACCUCGCCGUCCACACUAGUGACGGUGACUACUGACUCCUCCGGGAGUCCCGGAUGCAGUUCAGCCGAAGUUAUGCUUCGAAAGCAUUCCAAAUCCUCUUCUCUCAGUCAGGCCACCAUCCCCGAAGAGGGUCCUGAACACCUCGAGGAGCAAGAAGUGUUCCUGCAACCCACCGUCUCCGCACCCACACUCGUGGGAUUGGCCGGAUGCGGUGGUAGUGGUGGAUACCCCGGUCUGAUGAAACCCAAGCCAGAGUCUCGAGCAGUGAAGAACUUGGCCAUGGAGAUCGGAGCCAAGACCAAGGAGGUGGCGUCCAGCCUCAAGAAAUCCAGUUCCUUCAAGGAGGAGAAGAGAUCUGAGGGCUCGGCUCAUUCCUUAGGAUCCGAGUCGGCCACGAAGUCGCCCAAGCUCUCGCGACAAGAGUCCAUGGAGCGCACCAUGCAGCGGUUCACCAAAGCCAUCCGAGGGACCAGCCGCUCUGAUUCACGCUCCAAGAAGAAUCGCGAGGCUAGUCCCAGUCCCAAAUCGAAGGGAUCUGUGGAGGGUCGGGAAUCUGGAGCGAGUGCCACGGCGUUGACCCCCUCACCAUAUGGACCUAAGGAAGGGAAAAGCUCGAAGAAGGAGUCCAAGAAAAAUGCUCACGAGAAGCGGGAAAUGUUCAAGUCUUACCAUUAGUCGCCAACUUAGUCUGGAACCUGAUUAGCAACCGCCUCCACGAUUAGAAUGAAAAAAAUGAUAUUGCAUUUCCAACCCUUGAAAUUAGAUGAAAUCUUGAACGGCUGCUAAAAUUAUUCGUUCUCCUCGAUGUUGCCGACCUCCUUGAGCUAGAGAAUCCAACUGACCAAUAACGCCCACAAACAUUCAUUCAUAACUUAUAAAUUAUUCACCCUUCCAUAAUCAUACAUACCACCACCCUCUUUCUGUUUCUCUUGACCAAUCCCUCAAAUCUUGCUACUACUAUUAUCUAUCGUCUUGAUUGCCAGUACUUCAUUGGCUAGGUGUUAUUUAUCGGGCUUGUAUUAAAUCUACAAUUAUUCACGCUCGAUGCACAACAUAUUGAAGUAAACGAGAAACGAAUGAAGAAAAAUCCAGGCGAAGGAAAACAAUUGCGAGUCAGCAAAAAUCAAUCAAUUUGGGAUCAAAAAGUGUCGCAAUUUUCAAUCGCAGAGGAACACCUCCUCAUUUCAGAGAACAAUCAAACUUUUAUGCUUAUUAUUUUUGUGAUUCUCCCAAGCCAACCCGGGUCAUUAUUAUGAAUGUGACUGUUUUGAUAGUGCAUAACGUCUUCGUCGUCAUUAAAUAUUCACCCGAAAAGUCAUGAACCCUGAUGCGAAAAUACCAUCAUCCGUCGUCAUCGUUGUCCCUUUUCGACCUUACCCUCACAAACCAUGAUACUGUUGAACUAACUUGUUACGGAAAUAUAAUCGGAAAGUCCCACUGUU